GAAAAAAAAAAAAUCCAGGCAGCGUGACGUCACGUGACGUCACGUUAAGCAACCGGCGCGCGGAAGAAGCGGCGUGUUAUCGUUUCAUUUACCGGGAACAUUUUCUCUUGUGAGUCACUAUGGCUUCAGAUGACAUUGCUCAGCUGGCUGAUGCUCUCUCUAAGACCCAUGUUGGUGAUGGAGAGUUGAGCUACAAAGGCCUUGGACUGAAGCUUGACAAUGCAGAAUCAGCGGAGCAGCUGGCCCGAGACAUCAAGCAGUACCAGGGUUUGAGAGCUCUACGCCUAGAAGGAAACACUCUGGGAGUUGAGGCUGCCCAAGCCAUUGCAAAGGCUCUGGAGAACAAAGACAUGCUUCAGAGAUGCUACUGGAGUGACAUGUUCACUGGAAGACUACGCUCUGAAAUCCCACCAGCCCUGAGGUCCAUGGGGAGUGCAGUGAUGGGUGCAGGGGCCAGGCUGACUGAGCUGGACCUGAGUGAUAAUGCUUUUGGGCCAGAUGGUGUCAAAGGAAUCGAGCAGCUGCUUAAGAGCCCCUCCUGCCACACCUUGAGGGAGCUAAAGCUCAACAAUUGUGGUAUGGGGAUUGGUGGAGGAAAGAUCUUGGCUGAAGCCCUGAUUGAGUGCCACAGACAGUCAUCGUCUCUUGGAGCUCCACUCAGACUGAGAGUGUUUAUAGCAGGGAGGAACCGGCUGGAAAAUGAAGGAGCUAGCGCCUUGGCUAAGGCCUUUCAGCUGCUGGGCAGCCUUGAAGAGAUUCACAUGCCCCAGAAUGGAAUAAACUACUCAGGUGUGAUGGCGUUAGCUUCAGCCAUUCGACAUAACCCAGAGCUUCGAGUCCUCAACCUCAAUGACAACACUUUCACCAAGAAGGGCUCGCUGGCCAUGGCACAGGCUCUGAGGCAUCUCAGGAACAUCCAAGUGAUCAACUUUGGUGACUGUCUUGUCCGUUCUGAGGGAGCUGUUGCCCUCGCUGCAGUCCUGAGAGAAGGACUGCCAAUCCUCAAGGAGCUUAAUCUGUCAUUUGGUGAGAUCACUGAAGCAGCAGCACUAGUGGUGGCUCAGGCUGUUGCAGACAAAGCUGAUAUGGAGAAAUUGGAUCUGAACGGUAACUGUCUUGGAGAGGAGGGCUGUGAGGCUUUGAGAGAGGCUAUGGAGAACAUGAACAAAGGAGACCUGCUCGAGUCACUCAGUGAUGAUGAGGGAGAUGAGGAUGAUGAAGAUGACAGUGGAAACGACGAUGAUGAUGAUGAUGACGAUGAUGAUGAUGUCAGUGAUGACUGCAAUGAAGAGAACGAAGAGGGCAGUGAAAUCACAAAGGAAAAUGGCAUAACAACAAAUGGAAAUAGUCCUGUUUCGCCUAACAGUCCUGCGGAGAUCACGUCGUUCCUCAGCUGCCCCUCUGCAGAACAACUUCUCCAGCUGGGAGAGUUGAGGACAGACCUUCAGCAAGAGGUCGAUGCAUCUGAGCCACAGAAAGCUGCUGAUGUCAUUCUGAAAAUCGGUUCCCUAUACAGUGAAGAUCCUGAGACCAAGACCGCUGUUCUGGAUACUAUUGAUGCAAUGUUGAAGAAGCUCCUCUCUGGCUCCACCCUCCAGUCAUACUGCUUCCUCUCCACGCUGCUGGUCAUGAUGGGACUACUCAAGGGAGAGGGGAAGACAAAAAAGGCUUUGCUGGUCCCAGGUCAGCUGCUAUGUUUGGAACAUGCUGUCCAGCAGGAAUACUUCCCUAAGCACGAUGCCUCACUGCUUCACAUCUUCCUGUCCAGGAACGGUGGGGUUCUCAAGUCAUGUGGCAGCGCCAGAGAGAGGCUGAGCUCUGCUUUGGAGAGGAGGUGCCAGGAUUAACAUUAAGUUAACUGACACAGGGGCACACUCUGCACUCACAUUCAGUUUUUCACCUUUGAAAAACAAGCAGAGA